AUCUUGUUUAUUUACAUGUAUUUCAUGUUACAGGCUUGUCAUAAACAUGGAGUGAUGCAUCGUGAUCUCAAACCAGAAAAUUUUCUUUUUGCAAAUAAGAAGGAAUCAUCCCCAUUGAAGGCAAUCGAUUUUGGACUGUCUAUCACUUUUAAACGAGGUGAACAAUUCAAUGAAAUAGUAGGCAGUCCUUAUUACAUGGCCCCAGAGGUCCUGAAAAAGAACUAUGGUCCAGAAGUCGAUGUUUGGAGCGCCGGGGUUAUCCUCUAUAUUUUACUCUGUGGCAUUCCACCAUUUUGGGCAGAAACUGAACAGGGUGUAGCACAGGCAAUUAUUCGCUCGGUUAUUGAUUUUAGGAGAGACCCCUGGCCAAGAGUCUCUGAAAAUGCAAAGGACCUUGUAAGAAAAAUGCUUGAUCCCAAUCCCAAACGGCGCCUUACCGCUCAGGAAGUUCUAGACCACCCUUGGUUACAAAAUGCUAAGAAGGCUCCAAAUGUUCCAUUAGGCGAGACAGUAAAAGCAAGACUCAAGCAAUUUUCUGUGAUGAACAAGCUCAAGAAACGAGCUCUAAGGGUGAUCGCUGAGCAUUUGUCAGUGGAGGAAGUAGCCGGCAUAAAGGAUGCAUUUGAAAUGAUGGACGUUGAGAAGAGGGGCAAGAUAAAUUUGGAGGAGCUGAGAAGUGGAUUGCAAAAGCUCGGACAACAGAUUCCAGAAGCAGAUCUUCAGAUACUUAUGGAAGCAGCUGGUGUUCAUGAUGAUGGAACUCUCAACUACGGAGAGUUUGUUGCACUUUCAAUCCACCUCAGAAGGAUGGCAAAUGACGAGCACCUACAUAAAGCUUUUGCAUUCUUUGAUCAAAAUCAGAGUGGUUUCAUCGAGAUUGAAGAGCUUCGAGCUGUGCUAAACGAUGAAGAAACAAACAGUGAGGAUGUCAUCAGUGCCAUUAUGCACGAUGUCGACACUGAUAAGGACGGAUGCAUAAGCUACGAGGAGUUUGCAGGAAUGAUGAAGGCGGGAACCGAUUGGAGAAAAGCAUCGAGGCAAUAUUCACGGGAAAGAUUCAACAACCUGAGCUUGAAGUUGUUCAGAGAAGGGUCAUUUAAUCUUACUAAUUAAGGUGUAUAGAUAAACCGUCUGAAAGAUGAAAUGAUUCAACCGAUAUCUGAAGAAUGCAAAUAUUUGGUAUAUAUAUAUAAAAACACUUAUGUUGGGUUUUCUGCCA